AUGUGGAAACUCUUAGCCACAUUCUGCAAAAGUGCGAUCUUGUUCAUGAAGAGCGAGUGCGACGCCACAAUGAAGUGGCCAACAAGAUCGCCACCCAUGCCAGAUCGAAAUGGCAGACCGAGGAGGAACCACAUGUGCGUCACCGACGGGCAGCUGUACAAGCCUGACAUAGUCGUACAUCUCGAAGGGGCUCGCACUGGGUUUUGCGACAUUCAAGUGUCAUGGGAGGGUAAUAACGGACUCGGGCAACCAUGGCAGCGAAAAAGGCUCGUCUACGGCAACGACAAGUUCGUGGAGGCUGCCGUCUUCGAUGGCCGGGCCGUACGUUUGAAUUUUGCCCCUUAUCAUCGGGGCCCGCGGCAUAUGGCCGCGCUGCAACGAGCCCACUGA